AUGAAAGGAAGACGUUUGGAAGCACCGUGGGAACCUUUUUUCGUUGGUAUUUAUGCCCAUUCUGUCUUUUAUUUUGCUAGUUUAGGUGAUUGGCCAUGUGGUGUGGUACCUUUGAUUGAUGCACAUGUGAUUGCAAUUGAUCGUGUCUUUCGACAUGGAAGUGAUGGCAUGAGUAGUAGCAUGAAUCGUCAUCAUAAUGACGAGGAAAUAUGUGGUCCAUGCUGGAAAGUGACAUCGUCUAGUGGACGUGUACUGCUCUUUCGUGCACAAUCAUAUGAUGCACGAAUGGAGUGGAUUGAACAAAUGCGUCAAGCUUCAGGAAAGUUUAAUCAGUAUCGAAAAUCUAGUAUGGAUGGAAAAGCAGCACUUGCUCUUGCAAGGAGAUUAUCGAGAUCGUCGAGUUCGGCAUCCUUGGUCUCGACUGCAUUGACGACGCAAAUGCAGUCACCAAGACAACGUAUUACUUCACCUCGUGGACUACGAAGAAGAGGAACGUUUGGAGAUGAAGUAGAGCACACAGAAAUGCUGCGAGAUGCUCUACGUACGGUACAGAAGCAGAAACACGAGAUUAAGGCGCUGCAAAAGCGUUUGAAGGUGCUUGAAGGCAGUGGUAUGCCAUUGGAUACUAGAACAAAAGAUGUACAAGAAUACAUAGAUACAGAAAGAGGAUCAGAGCGUCGAAAUAUGGGAGAUGCUGGCGACAUGGAACAGGGUAAAAGGAAGGAAGAAGGUGGAGACGAUCGAGCUGAAAAUAGCAAUGGAGAUGAGGAGGAGGAAGUUAAUAUGUUUGCAAUGUUAAAUGGUACUUCGAUCGAAAUAUGCAAGGAAUCCCGACCAUCAGCGAUUUCUGACGUCCUUUCAGAAGACGACGAUACACCGACAAUCGAAGAAGAAGAUAACAUGGAGGAAGUGGACAGCACCGAGAGUGUACAGAGUAAUAUACAAGGGGGUGGAAAGGAAAACAUUCAGAGUUUGAGCUUAGUGGAUGAGUCGACAGAGGCUUUAUCAAGCGAAGAGGACGGUGAGGUUGCUAAAAUCGACCGGUGCACUAAGUCGCUUUCACCUCGUACGAAGGCGGCUAUGUCAGCCGAAACGUCUGCUGAGCAAGAGACUGCUUUGAUUGUGGCAGUUUCGAGACAGGAUAUUGUGCAUUCCGACUCAUAUACGUCCUCAUUGAGUGCGACAUCGCUUAAUUGCCAUGACGUAGCGGAAAAUGAAUCCAUCCAGCAGCAAGCAGCAGAGUUGGUUGAAAUGGCACGCAAAUUAAACAAAGAUGACGCCACCGACUCAUCUUCAGCGCAUGAGAGCAGUGAGGACGGCUCUUUUACCUCCAGUUUCAAAGGAUUGCAGAGCGGUGCUAGUUACUCUGACUCGAGUACUGGUGCUGGGAAUGAAUUUUUGCAGCAGCAAGCUAUGGAACUCGCCGAGAUUGCCCGCAGUUUGCAGUCUUCGUUUCAGGUUGAUCCUAAGCUUUCGAAGGUUUCGUUGAAAUCAACCUUAAGCUCGUCGUCGCUAGUUGGAUCCCAAUCUUCUUUUUCUGACGUCAAAGACUUUAGCAUAACUCAAAUCAACUCAAAUGGCAGCAAUGGCAGCAUAUUUUCCAUCACGCAAGAUGAUCUUUACUUUGAUGAAGACGAGGGUGGCGAGACCGAGCGUCUUUCGGAGUUUGAUGCGUCGGACAGCCAAUUUUUGGAGGCAAGUGGUUUCCUUGACUCUAUUCACCAGGUCAUGAAGGACUUUAUUGUAUCGACGCAGCCGGCACAAUGUCGCCAGCCGGAUCAGUUAGUCAUCAGCGACAAGAUUAUUGCUGAAAUUCGACAAGGAACUUAUGUCAAUCCAUCAAAGGUCGCCGACGAUCUUGAGGAGACUUGUAGACAGCGUGCCUUGCGAACACACUCGACUGCCGCUGAGUCAUUAAGUGCAACAAGUCCGAGGAUACGCAGUAUCUUUUCUUACGCUAGAUCGACACCCGACUUUUGUAAUGGAGAUAUUGAACGUGCUUCUUUGUCACAAACACCAAAGGAUCUUUCAUCACUGGUCGCCGAGGACACAAUGUUGGUUGUCGCUUCAAUCCUCCAGAGCGCGGGACGAGAAGAUAAGAUGGUUUUGCUGUCACCAUUCCUCCGCAUCUUUGGGAGCCGCAACCGCCUCAGCCAUCUUAUCCGCUGGGCAAUUGAGAUCGAAGUUGCUUCUGUCAUUAACGUCGCAACGCUUUUCCGCUCGGACGACUACGCGAGCAGAUUAGUUUCGACGUACAGCAAAGCGAUUGGGUCAAAGUUUAUUCGUGUAGCUCUCUCGGAUCCCAUCCGUCAGAUAUGUAAGUUAAAGAUCGCCGACAUGGAGUUGAACCCACACAAGGAGGAGUCACUGCAGGAUGAGGCACAAGCAGAUUCAAACGCCGCUAACUUGAUGCGGACGUGCCAAGAUAUCAUUGACUCGAUCAUGAAGAAUGCAAACUGCAUUCCGUCGUCGUACUUUCACAUUUGCUCCCAUUUGAACUCGAAGGUUAUCAGUCGUUUUGAUGGCUCGAAAGAGGGUGUUGAGGCAGAGGACGCAUCUACAUUAACUCGAUCGGUGAUCGGAGGUUUUCUCUUUCUUCGCUUCGUUUGUCCAGCCAUUACCACCCCCCAUUUGUAUGGACUGACUAAGCAGCUUCCUCCACCUGAGACGCGCCGUGUGCUUGUGCUGGUCACAAAGCUGUUAUUUAAGACGGCUACUGGUGUGAAGUUUGGAGAUCGAGAGCCCCAAUUUAAGGUUCUGAAUCCAUUCAUUGAAAAGAAUUCGCCAGCAAUUCAACAGCUUUUUGCCAACUUGGCCAUGUCACCAAGCCAGGAUAUUGACGAAUGCUUUGCUUCUGAUAGCCGCAAGAUCUAUUCGCACGUAUCAUCGUCGCAGUUGGUCGAGGAUUUAGAGGUCAUUAGGUCUGUCUCGGAAAAGAACCUCGAAGAUAUUGUGAAAAAGUUAGAGGAGUGCGAUUGUGCACGCGAGGUGAUGGAGAAUUUCAAGACGGCUGUGCUGACCAGCUCGGAUCCACUCCAGAAAAGCUCAUUGACAAAGAAAUUGAGUGCCAACAUGAAAUUCCUGAGCGGUUUUGGCAAGAAACCUAGGACAAGGAAACAGUCCGAUCAGUGA